GGCUCGCAGUUAAGCCCAAUGAACCCACGCCAGCGGGAGUUGAGGGAACUCCAGCAAGUUGAAAGGAUUCGCACUAGGUUAGAGAGGGAACUAAGGAAGCUGCUGAUAGAGAAAAGGAGAUUAGAGAUAGGACAGUCAGAUUGGAAACGGUAGAGGCCGACAAAACUGCACUAGAGGCAAUGGAUGAGUCAACAAUGAACGACCAUGUGCAUGCACAUGUAGACAGUAGGAUGGACUUCAUACAGGACACUCUGGAUCAGAUAUUGACUCAGUUGCAACAGCUAGGACCAAGGCUGCCAGCAGUUGCAAGAUCGUCGCUCCCUAUGUCGGCGAUGAUAGGCACCUACCCCCAUGCUGGCACACAACCAAGCGGUUCGUCAGCAGCAGCGUCUCAGACUGUUGCUUCUACUUCUUUCGGUCCUGCGGUGGCAGCUACUCCACCACCGCAACAGCAACCUGUUCCACCACAGGGACAGCAGCAAGGCCCAUGGUACCCAAAGACCCCAAUGAAACCACCUGUCGCCUUCUCUGGUGAAAAGAAGGAUGAGGAGCUCAACACAUGGUUGAGAACGGUUCCAAUGUGGGUAAGGGCAAAGAGGACUUUGCAAGAGGAGGAAGUGAUUACUGUUGCAUCUUAUCUUGAGGGUAAGGCAGCCAAAUGGCUAGACGGGAUUAUAGCGAAAGCUGGGUUUGGAAGACGCAUGGCAAAUUGGGCUAAGACCAUGACGUUAGAUGAGUUCAUAGACAUGGUAGAAGCUCGCUGGCAUAAUCCGCAGCAGGCACAGAUUGCCACUGACGCCAUAAUAAGACUAGACCAGCGACAGGACAAGUCCGUUAGGGAGCUUACGACUACCGUGGAGAAUCUCAUCGUAGUCCCGGGCAUUCCCUAUGAUGACCAGGUCUUAUUGACCAUGUUCGUGAGAUGAGUCGUAGAGAGGGAGGUUGUCCAUGCCAUAGAAAUCAUUCCAGGGAGUAAAACCCCGAAGGGAAGGAUCUAUAGGAUGGCUCCGGCCGAGUUGGAUGAACUCCGGCGACAACUGAAAGUGCUAACAGAAAAGGGAUGGAUCCGGCCGAGUACUUCCCCCUUCGGAUCUCCAGUGUUAUUCGUACCGAAAAAGGGGGGUACAUUGAGGAUGUGCAUUGAUUAUAGAGGCCUCAAUGCCAUCACAGUGAAAAAAGCGGAGCCUCUACCUCGCAUAGACGACCUACUGGAUAGGGUGCAGGGAUGUAAGUACUAUAGCAAGAUAGACUUAAAAUCCGGCUACCAUCAGAUCGCAAUAAGACCUGAGGAUCAACACAAGACUGCUUCAAGACUGUAUGAGUUUGUAGUGAUGCCCUUUAGCCUUUGCGAUGCGCCGGGUACAUUCCAGCACGCCAUGAAUAGGAUCUUCCAUGACCACUUACAUAAGUUUGUCGUUGUCUAUCUUGACGAUAUUCUUAUCUUUAGUAAGUCUGACGAGGAGCAUGCAGAGCACGUUGAGACUGUACUUUCACUCCUGCGACAGCACAAGUACAAGGUCAACCUAGAGAAAUGUGAGUUUGGACGCACUAAGAUCUUAUACUUGGGUCAUGAAGUAUCCGCGGAAGGUAUUUGGCCGGAAGAUGCGAAGGUGGCUAGUAUAAGGGACUGGCCACGACCUCAGACUGUUACUGCGGUCAGAUCUUUCUUAGGAAUGUGCGGCUACUAUAAAAAUUUCGUGAAGAACUAUUCCACAGUCGCCUCUCCUUUGACUGAUCUAACUCGACUUGACACGCCGUGGGACUGGAGUGAUGAGUGCGAGGCUGCUUUCAAACGAUUGAAGCAUGCACUCAUGAAUCAUGAAGUUCUUAUGGUGCCCGAUCCUCAGAAGCCAUUCAUAGAGACCACUGACGCAAGCCAAUACGGCAUUGGCGCAGUGCUGGCUCAACAGGAUGGGAAAAAGUUGAGACCGAUUGAGUAUAUGAGCAAAAAGAUGCCAUCUAAGAAACUGGCAAAGUCCACCUAUGAAAGGGAACUCUAUGCUCUCUACAAAGCACUUGUCCAUUGGAGGCACUUUCUGUUGGGACGGUUUUUCUACUUGAGAACUGACCAUCAGACCCUCAAAUGGAUCAAGACUCAACCAGCUCUUUCUGAUGCACGCAAGCGCUGGAUUGAGGUCAUAGAUCAGUACGACUUCAAGCUAAAGUAUCUAAAGGGAGAGUACAACAAGGUUGCAGAUGCGUUGUCCCGUAGAGCAGAUUACUUAGGGACGCUAGUUUCUGAGUUUGGUGUAUCUGAGGAACUAACUCAAUCGCUGGUGGGAGCCUAUCAGGAAGACGCUGUCACGAUGGACAUCAUACGCAAGCUUCAGGCAAGAGACAAGGCCACAGAAGAUGAGUUUGUGAUGGUGGACGGGCUUCUCUUUCUUGAUAAGGCUGGAUUUAAAAGGUUAGUUGUUCCAUCUAGUGAACAUUUGGGUAGUUUAUUCUUAGGAAAAUGUCAUGACGCAACCGGUCACUUUGGCUACAAAAAGACGAGUGCCAAUCUAGUACAGCGAUUUUGGUGGUCCGGAAUGCUAGAAGAUGCAAAGAAGUAUGUUGAGACCUGUCAGGUCUGUCAGCAGGAUAAGCCGCGAACUCAAGCACCGCUUGGGUUGCUGAAGCCUUUACCUAUCCCCGCUGGUCCGGGACAGAGUGUUUCCAUGGACUUCAUGGACACCCUGGUGACCAGUAAGAGUGGCAAGAGGCACAUCUUUGUCAUCAUAGAUAGAUUCACCAAGUACGCUCGACUAAUUGCCAUGCCAGAGACCGCAAGGACUGAACACGUCAUCAAGUUGUUUCUGAAAAACUGGGUGCAUGAUUUUGGACUACAGAAGUCAAUCGUUAGUGACAGAGAUGUCCGCUUCACAAGUGAGUUGUGGAAGAAGAUUGGUGAACAGAUGGGCAGUCAACUUCAGAUGACUUCAGGGAAUCAUCCCGAAGCCAACGGACAGGCCGAGCAAAUGAACAGAGUUGUACAACACCUGCUAAGGCAUUACAUCAAGCCCAGUCAGGAUGAUUGGGAUGAGAAGUUGCCUCUCAUCGCCAGCCUGUACAACACCGCUGUACACAGCAGUACCGGCGUUAGUCCUAAUCAACUGCACUUGGGAUGGAAGCCUAGAUCAGCUCUGGACUUCCUCCUACCUGAAAACCGACCCUCAGCAACUCCAGGCACACUUGAGUAUGGUGUGCAGUAUGAGAAGUUGUUGCAGCAAGUUGUCGAGCACAUCAAGAAAGCUCAGCACGCAAUGAUUGCUUCUGAGAACAAACAUCGUCGACAGUCCUCAUUUCAGGUAGGGGAACGUGUCUGGGUCAAGGCUAGUGAGCUAGGACAGGAAUUCGGAAUCUCUCGUAAACUAAUGCCUCAGUAUUUUGGUCCCUGGGAAGUCUUGGAUAUAGUUGGGGAUGAGAUGGAUGGUCCUAUCUAUGUUAUCCGCAUCCCUGGUCACCUACGCACUCACCCAGUCUUUCAAGGAGAUGCUAUCUGCUCACCCAGAACAUGUACACCACGGCAAGGCCCCUUUGAGGGCUCAAUCCUCACAUUCCAUCCCCCUUAGCUUCGAAAGUCCGCUGAGCUUGCACCUUUUGCU